AGGGGAGGCGGAGGCUGCAACGUGCCUGCGCGCCUGAGGGAGGCGCCAGCGAAGAAGGCGCGGGCAGGCAGCGGACUCCCCCUGCAGGCCGGACAGAACCAAGAAGAGAAGUGAAGGACCAGGAGCUUGAGCUAAUAUUUUGAAAUGCACAGUUCGCAGUGGCUUGGCAAAUUGGAAAAAGGAAAAGUUCAAUAUGUUUCAAAUUCCUGUUCAAAACCUAGAUAAUGUAAGGAAGGCCAGGAAGAAAGUGAAAGGCAUUCUUGUGGAUAUUGGACUUGAUACCUGCAAGGAAUUACUACAGGAUCUGAAAAACUUUGACCCGGGAGAGAAAUAUUUCUGCAACACUUCAUGGAGUGAUGUGUCUCUUUGGGAAUCUGCAGGUAGAAGAAAAAGAUACAGAACUAACCCAUAUUGCUGUAGCCUGUGCAAGUUUUCGUCGAAAUUUCUUACUUCUUUCAAAAACCACUUGAACCGUUACCAUGAAGAUGAAGCUGACCAAGAAUUACUUGUCUCGUGUCCUGAGUGCACAUUUGCUUCUCACACCAAAAUAGUGGGGAAACACCUUCGGAUGUUCCACUCGAAGAAGAAGAUACAAAACUAUAACGUGAGCGGCGGCAUGAGGCAGUUCCGCAGCGAUGCGGUGAACUUCAUCUGUCAGAGCUGUCAGUUUACAGACACAUUGUACUACAACACAAAGAAACACGUGCUGGUAACCCACUUUCCAAAUCUCAUCAACAUGUAUUUUGAGGACAGGCUUGAUGAAAGCGAGGAGAAUUUUACAGACCACUACUGUAAAAAAUGCAACGCUUUUGCUAACAGCCGGGAUUCUUUAAUUUAUCAUGUCUUGACAUCUGAAGUGCACAAAGACUUGGAGAAUAUAUUGAGGCCUGUGAUUUCAGUGCAGCCUAAGAAGUCAGGACAAGCAAAGCCACUGCCGAUUGUCAGUAUAGCUCCCAAGCCUUGCGCAGUUGGAGCUAGUCCACCCUUAGUGCCUGCAACUGCCUCAGCAGGCUCAGCUCCUUCCACAUCAUGCAUUCAGCUUUCACUUCCGCCGGUCAAUCCGAAUCAAGCUCUGGUUCAAAAUCCAGUUGGACCACUGAGUGUUUCAAGUGCCUCCAGCAGCAUUCAGUGUCCACCCACUCCAGCUUCAGUGGCUCAGUCAUGUAUUACACUUAUGUCUGCUUCUAGCCCAGGAGGACAAAAUAAUGUUUCUCUUCAGUCUGCGGUUUCCCAGCCAGUCUUUGUUUCUCCUCGGCUUCCCGUAAAGCAGCCUGUGAGACCUGGAGUUUUCUGCCUGAACCAGCCUACUGGCACCAUGAAUAGGGGCGUUCCUCCAGGAGUCCUUUCAUUCAAUCGGCCCAUCAGGCCUACUCUGCUGCCUGUUAAUCAAACGGUUAGGUCUAUCAGCAGUCCAGUUGUGCCUGGGGGUCUCCCUGUGACCCAGCCAGCUGGGUCUCUAAAUAGACCCAUUGGGGCUAACGCUGUUCCAAUAAACAGACCUUGCAUGCCUGGGGUCCUUGCUGCGAAUAGACCCGUUGGCAAUAUGAAUCAACCCAACGGUCCUGGGAUUCUUCCAGUGACCCAGACGAUCACUUCGGGGGUUCUUCAGUUUAAUCAUCCUGUUGCACCAGGGGUUCUUCCUGUAAACCAGUCAGUAGGACCAGGGAUUCUUCAAUUUAAUCAGCCUGUUGUACCAGGGGUCCUGCCAGUCAAUCAGUCUGUCCGACCUGGAGUUUCUCAGAACGCUACCUUGCUCACAGCUGGACCUGUACUUAGACAGUUAAUUCCAACUGGGAAGCAAGUUAAUGGGAUCCCUACCUACACCCUUGCCCCCGUUUCAGUUACUUUGCCUGUGCCACCUGGUAGUGGGGUGACAACAGUUACGCCACCUCAAGUGCCCGUUCAGCUGAUGCAGUCUGGCACAGUUAAUCAGCUGUCUCAGCCUUCGGCUACUGUGCCUUCUCCUAUUAUUGUAACUUCUCCUACAAAUACCACUGCCAAGGCUUCUCCAUCUGCUUCUGAAAUGAGUCUAGCUCUUAAACAGGCAAAGCAGUGGAAGACCUGCCCCGUUUGCAGUGAGCUUUUCCCAUCAAAUGUCUACCAGGUGCACAUGCAGGUAGCUCACAAAUUCAAUUUGCUGCAGAAAAAGGUCACACCGGACACUGACAAAGUGGCUGCCUGUGCACCAUUCCUAAGGUGGUUGAAGGAUAAGACAGUGAGAUGUUUUUCUUGCAAAUGUUUCCUUUCUGAGACAGAGCUCAUAAAACAUUUGUUCACACAUGGAUUAGCUUGCCUGUUUUGCACCAGUACUUUCCAUGACUUACAAUGUCUUAUAGAUCACACCAGAAAUGUACAUAAAGGGAGGAAGAAGCUGCAUGCUGAUUAUGAUGACAAAGGAUUUCAGCUGGAGAGCGAUUCUGAAGGCAACCUCCUGUUUCCUCACUUUGACUACAAUAUAGAGUCGUCAAAAGAAUUUGGCGAAAAAGAGGUGCACCUCGCAAUUCUUGCUGGGGUAAAUUCAAGGACACUUAUUCCUCUGUACAUAAGACUGCAGCCUGAGUCUGCUGAAACAGCUAAGAUGAAUAAGAAAGUCUCAACUUGCCCUUUUUGUUAUGGAACUUUUACUAGCACCGGAGCCUAUGAGAGCCAUUUGAAGGAGAGGCACCACAUCAUGCCGACUGUGCAUACUAUUCUGAAGACUCCAGCUUUCAAAUGCAUCCACUGCUGUGGGGUGUACACUGGCAACAUGACUCUAACAGCUAUUGCCGUGCACUUGCUUCGCUGCCGGAGCGCUCCCAAAGACAGCAACUCGACUGUGAAAAUGGAGCUAGAAAUUGAUGAGAAAAAAGAUCAGUCACUUGUGAAUGGUGAAAAGCACGAUGCUGUGUCUCUUCCAACUAAGAGGAAACAAUCUGAUCAUCUUUACGCUGUUACAGAGGAGCAGGUCAACGAUGACCAACCUUUCCUGAUUAUCAAUAGCGGUACAGCCCAAGUUCCAGUAAAGGAGGUGAAUUUUGUGCCUUCCAAGCGACAAAAGACCGAUAAUAAGAUUGAAACAAAGGGACAGCCCUCAGUGGAUGAUCUUCAUAUUUUAGCAUUAAAUCCAAAGCCAUUCCAGCAUAGCUCUAAUGAUGUUCAAAAACGUUUUCUUGCAGAUUACUUUCAGAAUAGGCCGUAUCCCAGUAAAAAGGAACUUGAACUAUUAUCUUCUAUUCUGGGUGCAUGGAAAGUUGAUAUUGCAUCCUUUUUUGGGAGAAAGAGACAUGCAUGUCUAAAGUCGAUAAAAACUUUCAAGCCAUCUGUGCUUUUGGGCUUCAGUAUGUCUGAACUUAAAAAUGUAAAGCACAGUUUGAUCCUAAAAGGUGAAUCAGAAGAUCUGUAACUUAAAAAAAUAAUAAUAUAAGGCAGUCAAGAUUGCAUACUACUUAGUUCAACAGUUGUCUUAUUUGGUUCAGUUUCUUGUGACUUAUUAAAAGAUUAGUAUGCAGUGCCUCAUUCAGUUCGGGCAAUUGUUGAUUGUGGCAGUAGGGGUACAGUAUAGUAUACCUGAGGCUUUGUACUUUUGUUUUAUAUAUAUUUUUUGUUUAUGGAGUAUAGUUUUCUCCACCAUAGUUUUUUAUACAACUGUGUCACAAAUUUCCUGUUUUUUUUUUUUGCUUAGUACCUAUUGUUUCUAAAAGAAAGUGUAUCGUUUCGGUAAAAUAUCAGAACGGUUUAGAUGGUGAUAAUAAAUUACUUUCUCCUGAAAUUAAGAUGGAUAUUUCUAGCCCUGUCUUCAUGUUGCCUUUCAAAGAACGAUGUAGACGACAGCGGUAACAAAUUUAACAACCUGUUAAUCAAAAGCACUAUUGGUUCCAUGUAGAUGGAAUGGGAAAGAUUAGGCAGGGCUCAUCAGGUAAAUCGGGAAAAAAAUUGUCUUACUGGAAAAUUUAAUUUAUUACUGCUUUUUUUGAGGGUGGGGGAAUGGAAUGGUUGUUCUGUUCUCUAACUGGCUGUGUUUAGUUAAAAUGUCAAUAGGAAUUCUGGGGGGGUUGCUAUAGUUUGAGCCAAAAAGCAGUAUCAUUUUUCCUGAAGUUUUGAAUUUUGUUUUCCAAGUAUUACUUUGAUGUAAGCAGAGGUGGAAUUCUAGCAGGAGCUCCUUUGCAUAUUAGGCCACACCCUUGAUGUAACCAAUCCUCCAAGAGCUUACAAGGCUCUUUUUUGUAAGCUCUUGGAGGAUUGGAUAUAUCAGGGGGUGUGGCCUAAUAUGCAAAGGAGCUUCUGCUAGAAUUCCACUUCUGGGUAUAAGUAAGCAGUUACCAAAUCCUUAGCAGGCUGCAGUGCCUAAAUAGAGAUCCCCUAAUCUGGUGUUAUCUCUCCGACAAGGCAUUCUCUGCUGUAUUGAAUGCCAUUCCUGGAAGAAACUGGUGUGUGACUGCUAGUCCCUAGCUGUCCUGUUGUCAAUAUGCUGGCAAAUAUUUCAGGGCUAAAUUUGUAAUAACUGCUUAACACUUCUCAUGGCUAGGCUAUUGGUAUUUGGAAAAAGAAAUAAAAAUCAACUUCAACUGUCCCAAUAUGGGAGCAUUUUUCAUUGGCCAUCCUGCCUGGUAUGUAACAUCUGCAGUGUGAUUAGGAUGAUGUGGGAAGUGCCUGAGAAAAUAUGUGAGUGCCACCCAACGUUUUUCUUAUCAAAAUGCAGUUGCGCAACUUUGAGCAUAGCUAAAUCUGUUUUAAUUUGCCAUGACAUUUGAAAUGAAUGGUGAAUGAAAGCUAUUCUUGUCACUACAGCAGCUAAAUUAUUAUUGGAUGCAUCACCCUGCCCCAUGAUAGCUUCAUCUUAGACAAGAGACUGGAUCAAUAGCAUGUGCAUUCCUUUACAAAACAAAACUGGUGAAAUAUGUAACUUUUGUUACUGCUGUUUUGACUUUAAAUUUAUUUUAUUUGGGGGGCAGUUUGUUUUUGGCAUUUUUUGGAAUCCGAGAAGACUAUUGCUAAAACUACUAUAAGAUCAGUAACAUUAAUUCAGCGUGAUGGACAGACUGUUACACUACCAUAGAAUCAGCAAUGAGGAAAAUAAUGUAUUUGAUGUGCUGACUUUAAUGUUGCUUUCUAGUAACCUAACAAAUCUCUUCUGCAGCAAGGGAUAUUAUUUUAUUUCGGUAAAACUGCAUGUAAAUAACUCUGUACAUAUGAAGCAGUUACAUUACAAGCUGUUACAUUUCUAUAAAUGUCAGAAAAUUUUAAGAGAGA